AUGUCAGUCAAGUUCGACAGGACAAUUUGUGUUCUUCUUCCCAACAAAGACCAGCUGGACAUCAAAGUUGGGCCAAGGUCCACAGGGCAGGAUGUCUUCAAUCAUGUAGCGGAGCGUCUUGGAAUCAAAGAGCUGCACUUCUUUGGUCUCACUGUUGUCAAAGACAAUGAACAUCUUUACAUUGAUAUGGAAGACAGAUUGACCAAGUAUUUCCCCAAAGAGUGGAAACAAGAAAAUGGAAAGGCUUUGCUGAAGAAACCGUUACCUUUGGUGCUCUGUCUCAAGGUGCAGUACUAUGUGGAGAAUGGAAGACUUCUUGGUGAACGCAAAGCACGCCAUCUGUACUACUCAGACCUGCGUGAGCGAGUGCUGCGCUCUGAAUGCCGUCAGCAAGAAGAGGUGUAUUUUCAGUUGGUGGGUUACGCCUUACAAGCUGACCUCGGGGACCAUCCACCUCCAAACCAAGACCUGGAGUCCUACUUUGAACCCAAGAAUUACUUUCCUCCAUGGAUCAUUGCAAAGCGUGGCAUAGAUUAUCUAUUGUGCCAUGGUCCUAAGGUUCAUCAGGAUCUGUGGGGAAUGUCCUCCCGGGAUGCCACCUUGCUCUUUAUCAGAGAGUCCUGUCGAUUGGAGGAUGUCCCUGUCACGUUUUACAAACUGCAAAAGGACAGAAAGGCUGAGAAAGGAACUGCGCUGCUUGGUCUGACCUUGCGAGGAAUGCAAGUCUAUCAGGAAGUGAAUAACAUACGGCAGUUGGUGUAUGAUUUCCCCUGGUCACAUGUUGGUCGUCUAACUUUUCUGGGUAAGAAAUUUGAGAUCCAGCCAGAUGGUUUGCCGUCUGCAAGAAAGCUUGUGUAUUACACUGGGUCAUCAUUUCGUUCUCGACAUCUUCUCCUGCACCUGAGCAGCUGUCAUCGCCUCUACCUCAGCCUCCAACACGCUCUAAAACACCUACGGCAGCUGGAAGAGACUGAAGCCAAAAAGCGGUACAGGGAGUCCUACAUCAGUGACGACUUGGACAUGGAUCCUCCGGGGAGUGAGAGUAGCCCUGACCAAGCAUCCAUGGAGGAGGAGGGACACAUCCAGGCAGAGCAGUGUAUAAGCUCUGCCGACAGCCGGGGCAGCUUCCGCACCUCUGGAGUGGUGGCGGGCUGUAAGACUCUAACAGAAAAUGACGAGUGGCCACGGAAAGAUGUCAAUAAAGCAUCAAAAGAAGAACUUGUAGAUGACCCCAGCGACAUACUGGCAGAUUCCCUUGUUGGUGUGUCUGUCGACUGCACAGAUCUUUCAUUGUCAAAUCACUCAACAGAAAGUGAACAAGAAGAGGAGUUUGUACAAGAUAAAGAUGCAGGCAAACAGUUGCCUAAAUCCAGAGUCCAGUUGAAUGUGGACCGACAAAGCCAAAGCCUUGAUGAUGUCCGUCUGCUGCCACCUCUGGCGCCUUUAGGAACAGCGCUGUCCCCUGACUCCUCCCACAGUUACACCUUUGGGUUUCCUGAUGCCCCUUUAAAUGUAAAGACUCCCAUUGAACACAAUUUUGACCCACUCAAACUGUGCAAAGACAAACCUACCUUCUACGGUCGUCGAUCUACAAACUGCCUUUCCUUGGACUUGUUGGGAGAUGAGCAGCUACUGGAGUUCAUCUUCUGA